UGAAGCAUCUAAAAACCGGGUCAACCCGGUUCGAACAAAUGAAGUCUGCUGAAAGUAGGAAUCUUCCUUCUUCCCCAGUUGUUUAUCCACUCCAUCAUCACAACCACGCUCAAAAAAAUCCCAACAACCAAGAAAACAUUUUCCUGAAUUUCUUAUUUAUUUAUUAAUUUCUCUCUCUAGAUUUUCAUCAUCUGAUUUGACAUGUCUAGAAUCGUCUUCCGAUCCCUUCCCCGAUCAUCUCUCCGGCCACCAACACCACUAAUCAGCCACCACCGCCACCGCUCCAACAAAUCCCGCCGCGCUCAGCUUAUCGAAGUCGAUGUCGAUCAGGCCUCUUCAUCGCAGACUGAUUCGCCGGAGGCAGCCGCCGAGGUCAUCACCCUCGGCAUAAAAAAGCUCGACGACGCAAUCCACAGCAUCAUCGUGCGGCGCUCCGCACCGGAUUGGCUCCCUUUCCUCCCCGGCUACUCCUUCUGGGUCCCACCCCGCACCUCCCCUAUGCGCCCCAACCACCCUUCCGGCAGCAUGAUUGAUAUCAUCGGAAGAUUAGCUUCUUCAGGGGUGGGUAGAGAUCGGGGCUCACCGCUCGAUUUGUUCUCCGAAGAUGAAAAUAUGGCCUUCACUUCUGCCAAGGGCUGGCCGUCUUCUUCUUUCUAUAUCCAAGGCACACCCCCCUUACAUCCUAUUCCAGUUAUGGAAAUCGAGGUGCAAAUUCAAGGUAAUGAAGACCGAAACAAUGCAGACAAUGAAUCCAGCUCCGAUGAUGAGGAAGGAUGAACUAUAAUUUUCAUUAAAAAUUGAAUCUUUGGAGAGGAUUCUUCGCCAUUGUAGAUAUAUCCCGAGCAUGGACGAAAGACUGAAUGAAUGAAGAGAGCUGAUAAACUUUGCACAGAUGGAGAAGCCUUUUUUUUGAUUGGCUUCGGCCUCUAACACAAACUAUGUAUUCAUCUCUUAUUUAUGUUGUGGUCCGAAAUUUAAUAAGCUACAUGUAUUAUCGUUCUUCUUAGCCGAAUUCGAGAUUCUAUUUAAGCGUUUCACUGAACUAGAUCAUGUUGUAAACAAGCAAAUAAAAUGAUAUUUUGCUUCAUGAUAUGUACUUUUUUUCUUUUU